CUGGUCGCUUUUCGUGUGGAUUUUAUUCUCUCUCGGGACAGAAGCUAGAGCGAAGCCACUUGGCAAGGAUGGGAAAGCUCCGGGGCUCCGUGAUGCCCGUGGAUCUGCUUGGCAACGCCGGAUUGCUCUGCCAGGCGUGCGGGUUCCUCCUCUGCAACCCACAGCAAGCCGAGUGUGGGCACCGUUACUGCAGGGGAUGCGUGAAGAGGCUGUUCAGGGACACAGACAGGAUGGCUUGCCGGACUUGUAAAAAGGGACUGAGCCCCAAACAGUUCCACACUGACAAAGCGGCAGAGAACGACGCUCUAGCCACACAAGUCGCCUGCCCGAACUUUGACUGCGCUUGGACGGGGACCCUGAAAUCGUACCAGGAGCACGCUUGCCCCCCUGUGGCCCAGCCUGGAACUCCAAAGAAGGCUCCCUUGGCCCUUGGAGAUCUAAACGUUGAGGAGAGAGAACCCUGCUGGAGUGUCAAUAACACAGUCAUGGGUGGCCCUUCCAUGAAUGUGGAAGCCGUCCAGAUGCGGGUGGAGGCGUUGGAGCUGACGGUGGUGUCUCUGCGCCGACAGCUGAAUAGCCAGACGGCUGCGGUGAAGUCCCUCCAGCGCUGCUGCUCCCACUAUGAGAAGCUCUUGAGGGUCUCUCAGGAAGUGUGCGCCAUGCCGAAAGCGUCUGGAGAACAAGUGUCGCCGGAGCUGGCCAGCACCGACGGGACCUUGGUGUGGAAGGUGGAGAACUUCUCCAAACUCCAGAAGGAUGCCAAAGCCGGGAAGAAGCGUUCUGUUUACUCCCCGGCCUUUGCCACUCAUCCGUUCGGGUACCAUCUCUGCGUCCGGCUCUACCCCGACGGAGAUGGCAUUGGCCAGGGGGGGCAUGUCUCGCUUUUCCUCGCCUUGGCCAAGGGGCCCUAUGACGAUGUCCUGCCUUGGCCUUUCCGGCAGAAGGUCACCUUCUCUCUCUUGGACCCCACGCAGAGGAAGUCCCCUGUCAUGGAUACUUUCCUCCCAGAUCCCCACAGCGUCUCCUUCCACCAGCCGCGGCAAAGGCUCAAUGUGGCCAGCGGGAGUCCCCUCUUCGUCAGCCAUCUUGAGAUUCCCGAUUACCUCAAAGACGACACGCUCUACCUCAAAGUAGUGGUGGAUAAUGCGGGGAUAGAAAUCUGAGGACGGGAGACACUGGGGCAAGAGAACAGGGUUAUUUUCUGUCCCCUCAGUCACACUUUUGUGGUUUUUCCCUUCUCCCAAACGCCUUCUAACUAUUUUUGAAGCUCUUCACCUCUUGUCAUCAAAUCCCUACCCCUUUCUCCACACCACCAAUUGUGUCCGCUACAGUUCCCAUUCUGAAAUGGGCAGUGAACUACCUCUCUAGGAAACCUAAAUCUUCACAUAACAGUGCUGUGGAUCGUGCAAUAUCCAUCCCUCAUCCAAACUCAGGUGGAAUUUUUUUAGUCUUUGUGAUUCCCCGC